AGUAUUGUUUGUGGUUUUGCCCUUCCAAGUCCAACUAAGAGCCGAUAUAUAGCUUAAAAGUUGCGAGGUCGCUACGUUCUUACCAUUCACGCAUUGACGCGCGCAAGAAUAAGUUUAAAGAAUAUCUGUCAAGAUGAUGGUCACGUAUAUUUGUUUGGCUUUGGCGCUUGUGAUGGGCGCAAACGCGUACUCCGCCGGUGCACCGGAAAGUGCUUGCCAGGACAUGAUACCGAGGCAUCCAGUAGACCCACAGAAGAGACCAGCUCCCUACACUAUUACUACCAGUACUAAGGUCGUCAAAGCCGGUACACCCAUGCAAGUAACAAUAUCUGGCAAAUCUCCCUCCGAUACCAUCCGUGGUAUAAUGCUGCAGGCGAGGGCCAGUAAUGAUAAACCCGUUGGUACCUUCACUGUUGAAGCCAACGACCCUCUCGCACGACUCAUGAAGUGCGAUAACAACGGGGACACAAUCACCCACAAAAAACACGAUGCUAAGGACGACAAACAGACUGUCACCUUCACCUGGACUCCCCCGAAAACUCUUAAUGACGUUAUCAAGUUCAGGGCUACUAUCGCUCUCAAUGGCGCUGUCUUCUGGGUUGGCCUAGAAUCUGCACCAGUUAAAGUUGCCGCCUAAUUAUACACACACCGUAGAUUAAUUUUACCU